UAUAAAAGCUAUGAUGAAAUUGAUGAAGAGAAAAGGUGGUGGAAGAUACCUUUUGUUUUAGACUUUCUAAAGAUAAAGGGUUUUGAUUCUGCAUUCAGAAAGGUUAUUGGUUCUGAUACAGUACAGGCUGGCCAAUUUGUUGAAUAUGCAUUUGGGCAGUUAAAGUCUUUUAACAAUUCAUAUCUUCUGAAGGGCCAGCAGUCUGAUAUUAAUAACGAUAAGUAUGACACUGAAGGUUCACGGGAACUGAGUGAAUCUGUUUCUAUCUUCAAUAUGCCUUCUAACGAAGCUGGUAGUCAAGAAGCCUCCAGAGAAGAUUGCAUUGAACAGAGGAACUCAAAUGAAUUUCACAAACAGGAUAAUGAUACUGAAAAUGGACAUGCUUCUGAAUCAUCAUCAAAUCAAUUUUUUUGGAGGAAUUUUGCUAAUGUUGUUAAUUCUAGUAUUCCUCAAAAGCUAGGUCUAUCUGUUCCUGAGAAAUUUAAGUGGGAUGGAUUGGAGUUUUUAAACAAGAUUGGUUCACAAUCACAAAAUAUUGCAGAAAGCAUUUAUGUUCAAUCUGGUCUUGCAAUUCCCGGAGGCACAGAUGAUACAAAUGAUAAAACAAGCAGCCAACCUGCUAUUGCUGCAUUUCAGUCUUCAGUUCCAGAGGUCAAAAAAGCAACACAGAAUUUGAUGAGGCAGACUGAGUCAAUUUUAGGAGGUUUAAUGCUUUUGACUGCAACAGUUUCCAAAAUAAAAGAUGAAGGGCUUUGUUCAGAAGAGAGGAUAAUCAAAGAAGAUUCUGCCAAAGCUAGAGGCAAUGAUAUACAAUAUUCUACUAGUCAGAUGUUUCCUAGCUCACAGAAUGGAUUAGUGUUGGAUGAUAAAAAAACUGAGGAGAUGAAAGAACUUUUUUCUACUGCUGAAAGUGCCAUGGAGGCUUGGGCAAUGUUGGCCACUUCACUGGGACAACCUAGUUUCAUUAAGUCUGAAUUUGAAAAAUUAUGUUUCUUAGAUAAUGCUUCCACAGACACACAGGUUGCAAUUUGGCGUGGUUCUGCACGAAGGUUAGUGGUUGCUUUUAGGGGAACAGAACAGACUCAAUGGAAGGACUUAAGAACUGAUCUAAUGCUUGUGCCAGCCGGGCUAAAUCCUGAAAGGAUAGGCGGAUUAUUGCAGGUUCACAGUGGUUUUCUAAGUGCGUAUGAUUCAGUAAGGACCAGGAUCAUUUCUCUAAUUCGACUUGCAAUAGGUUAUGUGUAUGUUGUACUUGUAAAGAAAUUUUAUUACAUCGAGCUCACUGCCUUUAAAACCAUGCUGCUGUAUUUCUUAAUAUAUUUUGAAAAUCCCUUUGUUUCCAACUUGAAGCUUUUAAAGUGAGUCAUUAAGUGUUUUUAUGAAUUAUGUGACAUAAAUGAAUUACAUAUUGUCCUG